AUGCACACCCCCGCAUCACGGGGAGCCAGUGACAACUUUAAAAAAAUAUCUGAAAGCCUGCCAGACCCAAAAAGCCCUCCGGCGGACUAUUCCCCGGCCGAUGCGUCGUCGACGGAUUCUGGCAUCCACUCACAGCACCGUAUCCCGACGGAAUGGACUGUGGACCGCGUGGAUGAGGAGUUGCAGCCUACAACAGGACAUUACCGCAAAUCCUGGCGCGCCAGCCGCACGGCCUUCGAGCAGGGCCCGCCAGCCGCGACGCGUGGUCUACGACGCGUCAACCCGGCUCAAAUAAUGCCGGACGCCCCGGAGCCGCCCGUAGCCUACGGGGAGCUACGAAGGAAUUCACAACCGAGCAGUGCACUCGCGGAAGUUAUCCGGCAAUCAAUAAGAAAAUCCUCUCUGAUGAGCCUGGAUGACUCAAAUUCCUCAGCUUCGUUGAAUGGAGCCUCAUCCUCGAUGGCUUCCGUUUCCGGGAUCAGUGACGGCAGGAAAAGCCGAUUUCAGAUUGAACGCCGCAACGAUUCGGCCAUCGGCCACUAUCACUCUGCAGUCGAGAUGCGGCUGGUGGCUCCGAAAAAUGAGCCGAGCCCGCAGCCGGGCAUUGGGCCGAGACAGCCGUCCGUGCAUCGUCUCAGCCAAGUUCCGGGCUUGACAACAGCGCUCGGACUCUCAAAUCUUCGACGGAGUGAGCCGCCACAGACAAAACAAGAUUACGGUAUCUCCCUGGCCCGCGAACCGGCGUCUCCUGGAAUUCGACUGCGCCAAGAACCUAACACUCUGCAGCGCGGUGCCCGAAUCAUGUCGGACGAGAGUCUGCUCGUC